CGGAGCCAUGCGCGCCAUCUGUCGGGCAUCUUCGACGUCGCCGCGCGGCGCACCCGGCGACGGCACUGCGAGUCGCGUGGCUUUCUCUCUUCUCUGUGAAUAGUUUGAAUUCGGUCCCGGGUGGCACGUGAUCUCAAAGUUUCAAAUCGUGGCAAUCGGGAGGAGGUUCGAAAAGUCGCAAUGACGCAUCCGCGGAGUUUGGAGUCGCUUGAUUCUGCUCUUCGUGAACCUCUCAUCAGUACAAACAGCGAGAAUUGUCAGAUGCCACUCGGUAAUAAGCCAGAAUGUACGAAAUGCGGGACCCGCGAGACUCCGCUCUGGCAUUCCACCGAAGCCGGUAACCUGUGCAACGCCUGCCUGGAAGACGAACGUAAUGCCGAGGCAAACGCGUGUCCCAAAACAGACGAGGAAGAUAAAAGCGGCAACACACUGAAACCCACCAGGAGAAGCACGAGGAUAACAAGAUACUGCAACUCCAAGUCUGCCGGACAUCACAAGGUGGUGCCUAAAGGCAAAGGUCGCAGGAACUUGUUCAAGAAAACUCCUAUAAAAGCACCUACAGCUACUGCAACUCCAGUUACUAGUAAUUUUGUAUUCUACAAAGGUACAUAUUUUCAAGUCGGUGAUAUAGUAUCUAUGCAAGAUAUAGAUGGGGGUAUUUAUUAUGCUCAGAUACGUGGCUUAUUGAUAGAUCAAUAUUGUGAAAAAAGUGCCGCUAUCACUUGGUUAUUACCUACCACAACGAGCCCUCCACCAGAGGAAGGAUUUGUUCCUGAAACAUAUAUAAUUGGACCAGAAGAGGACUUACCACGAAAAUUAGAGUGCAUGGAAUUUGUGAUGCAUGCUCCAUCGGAUUAUUAUAAACUGAGGAACACGCCUUAUCCACCACCGCUUACAGAAAAAGGAAUGGGUUAUAUAUGGACAACUCUUAGAAACGAAAUGGCUAUAUCUAAAAAGUGAAAGUAAUGAUGAGGUCAUGUUAGAACUAUAGUAUCUGAUUUUGCCUUAAAUUUAGUCUAUAAAAUUACUUUCUGUAAUACUGACAAAACUUUUGCAAAAUUAUUUUUAGUUCAGUGUCUUAUAAUUAGCAGUAUUUUUAAUAAUAGAACUAUAAACUUUUGUCAAAGUACUGAUAUAACAAAGAUAUUUUGUAUAAUUUUAUAUGUAUAUAUUAUAUAUUUUGUAGUAUCGAGUCUUAGUUAAACAAUCAACCGAGCUAGAAACUAGAUUUCAGAUACACAGUUUAAACUAUAAUAGUACAGUAUAGGAAAAGAUUAGUCUAUACAGCAUUAUUGUAUAUAAAAUGGAAGUAAUUUUAAGAAGCGGAAAAUAAUACGCAUUGCUAGCUUUUGCAUUAAAUAUAUUUUCAUUACAACUUAACAUAUUGGUGCUUUGUAUUUCUGACAAAUAUGCUUCUCACACAAGAUAAAUUGCUAGACUAUUUUGGAAAAACUGAUGUCACAGUUGAAAUCGUAUGAAUUCGAUAUCUUUUCUUUACAUAUAUAUUUUCUAGCAUUCGUUUACGUAUAAAAUGGUAAGAACCAUCCUCACAAUUGCCUGAUCUUUUUCUUUUGUACAUAUA